AAAUUCUGACUCUGCACGAUGAUUUAUUUAAGAACGGUCAUCAUCUAAACCUCAGUAAUCGUUCAGCUCUCAGCCUCGCUCAAUCUCCGUUAUACAUAAGUACGAUUAUUCACAAUCAAAAUGAAACACUUCAGGUUCGGGUGGCUUCUGUUCGUGGUGUGCCUUGUUCUCUGCUCUGGGGAUGCCUUCGCGGCCCCCAAGCCCAAAGGCAGAGCCAAACCGAAAAUAAAGAUUCCAAAAAUUAACAUAAACAUCCAUCAUAAUAAUAUCCACAUUGGCUAAGAUCGAACUCACUCGCAUGGGAUAUAAGUCGUAACUUAACUUAAGUCUAGCCUUAGCUUCUUAGCUUAGAGAUGCUCAGUGCACACAUACUCGCACUUUUCUAUGUUAGUCGAUCUAUGGAUGAUUACAUGCAAAUAAAUUUCUAUAAGCUCUUUCAAAGUUAAAGAUUUAUCGGAUAACGUAGCGCACUAUUACAAAUAAAGCUACUUUAGUAAGAUAUUGUAAAUAUUAACAUCGUUUGUAGUCGUGUAUAUUUUUCCAUCAUUAAAUUCGUUUAGUUUGUGAAAUAUA